GAACGUGCAAAUCAAUUUCUAAAAUGUGUGGAAACUGUGUUUUAGCUUUAAAUGUGGCUUUAGUAAAUUAAAAGCAUAAUGUCAUGAUUUCAAACAUGGUUUAAAGAGAAUGUGAACAAAUUAAUAAACUGAAAGAUUAUUUUGCUGCAAGCGAGCGUAACUGAUUUCAUGAUGUGAAACUGGUACACGUUCUCUGUCUCUAUGAACUUUUGUUUAGUCCAGUUUCUUCUGUAGUUCUUUUGGCUCCAUUCAUUACUCCCUGAUUGUGUCCAGGAACUCACACAGCGGCCCUUGAGGACCAUCAUUGAUAAGCAGUGAUUGGAGAUGCUUGUUUACUCCAUAGCAGUAAAGAUGAAUGAGAGAAACGUCCAGGAAAUCAGUGAGAUAUAGGGAAUGUCCAAAAAGUCUCUGUUGUAGGUGGACCUCAAGGGACCCACUACCUUGACCGAGGAAGAUUAAGAGUCUUCUGUAACGCUGGAUGAACUCAGAGACGAGGGAGGAGAGUAAGAUUAAAAUGCAACUUUAAUCAAAUAUACAAUAAUUUAAAUAAACAAGGAAGAGAAACCAAGGAAUCACAAGAGCAGAACUGAGGACACCCACAACAUCCACAAAAUACAAGACUUGACUAAAAACACAGGAAUCAUAUGUACACAGAGUAAAAACGAGACACACCUACACAAUCUGAGUAAUGAGAGGGGGCAAAAUAACUACAAAAAGACCACAGAAGAGACAGGAAGCAGGAAACUAGGUUAAACAAUGGUGCAAACAGACAGUGGACAUGUAACACAGACAGUAUAUCUUCACUGAGAACAUCUGAUGAGAAGACAACCUCAAGAAACCUGUAAAUGUUCAUCAGCAUGUGGGUUUUCAUUGUGAUUUUCAUCAAUUUUAAAGAUCUAGUGAACGCUGGAUGGGAUGAGGUGAAGACAGUGAUGGAAGGAGAUGUUCUCACUCUACACACAGGAGCUACUCAACUACAUAAAAACUCUGAGACUAUAUGGUUUUAUAAAAGUGACAGUCUUGCUACACGUAUAGCACAGAUGAAUGAGGAGAACGUUUUUACACAUUAUGAAAAUAAACUUGCUGACAGAUUGCAACUGGAUCAAGAGAGCGGAUCACUGACCAUCUGGAAUAUCAGUAGCAGUGAUUCUGGAGUUUAUGAAGUAUCUCUCACCAACGGGUUAGACAUCUCUGAGAGGAAGAUCAGAGUUGAUGUAUAUGCACCUGUCUCUGUACCUGCGAUCAUGCACCUGUCCACAGGUACUUUAAAGCAGCCACGAGCAACGGAGGAUUUCUGCUCUGUGUUCUGCUCUGUGAAGAAUGAUCGAGACGUGUCUAUCUCGUGGUAUAAAGGGAGUGAAAUAAUGAAUCAGAACAGCAAUCCUGAUCUCAGCAUUAACCUCAGUUUACCAUUAGAGCUUCAUUAUAAUGAUCCAGAGACCUACAGCUGCACGGCUGUGAAUCCAGUGAGCAAUAAGAGUGUCCGUCUUCACAAGAAAGAGAUCUGCCCACCACAGGAAGAUUGUCUGGAUAAUUGUGGCAUCACUGAGGCUCUGGUUCGUCUGGUUCUGUCUGGUCUGGUGGGAAUCGCCACUGUUUUAUUUCUGGUUGAGCAUCUGAGGUUCUGCUCAUCUCAGGAAACAGCUGCUUCUUCUGUGUGAUGGUGACUUGCACAAGAG